GCCGCCGUCGGGGGCGCGCCCGGGGGCUCCCCUUGUGUGUGCGUGCGUGCGGGGCCGCGGCCGGGGCCGGGGCCGGAGCGGGGCCGGCCGGCGCCAUGGAGGAGCUGAGCAGCGUGGGAGAGCAGGUCUUCGCCGCCGAGUGCAUCCUCAGCAAGCGGCUCCGCAAGGGCAAGCUGGAGUACCUGGUCAAGUGGCGGGGCUGGUCCUCCAAGCACAACAGCUGGGAACCCGAGGAGAACAUCCUUGAUCCGAGACUGCUCCUCGCUUUCCAAAAGAAGGAACACGAGAAAGAAGUGCAGAACCGCAAGAGAGGCAAGCGGCCCAGGGGCAGGCCCAGGAAACACGUGGAACCAGAGAUGCCCUCAAAAAGUAAGUCAAGUAGUUCCUCUUCCUCAACAUCCUCCUCUUCUUCCUCCUCCGAUGAAGAGGAUGAAAGUGACCUGGAAGCAAAGAGAGGUCCCCGCAGCAGAGAGACUCACCCGGUACCCCAGAAGAAAGCUCAGAUCCUGGUGGCAAAGCCAGAAAUGAAAGACGCUUCCAGAAAGAAGCGUGGGCGGAAACCUCUCCCCCCAGAGCAGAAGGCAGCUCGGAGGACCGUGAACUUGACAAAGGUGCUGAAAACGUCCCGCAAGGAGGUGGGGGGCAGUGCCAAGCUGAUGGGGAAGCUGCAGCCGCAGCACAGCACGCAGGGCUCAGGGAUGGCUGUGCUGAAGGAAGCGCCGGGCACCCUGGCUGGGCUCAGCUCCGGAGGGUCGUCGGCAGAAAACCUUCCCAACAUGAUGAAGAGCGGCUCCACCAGCCCGAACCGGGCCAUCAGCUGGCAGAGCUCCAUCGUGCACUACAUGAACAGGAUGUCCCAAAACCAGAGCUCGGCAGAAACCUCACCCCUGAGCAGGCUCGCGCUGAAGUCGCAGGCAUCGAGCAAGAGUGGCUUAGGGCUGGACUUAAAAAUGAGGAACCAGAAAGGAUCUGGGGAGCUUGGGCUGACCAUGCAGGGAGCCAAGACUGCCAAGGUUCCCAGCGGCGGUGCUGGAGGGGACCAGAAGUCUGGGUUCGGUGCAGGUGCCCAAAUGCUGCACAACGGCAGCAAGACGCCUGCGAGCUCGGCUGUGCCCGGGAGCCAACUGGCGUCCAGUCAGGAGCUGAACCUCCAAGCUUUAAACUUGCAGAGCGUCAAAAACGGGCAGAACGCAGCCGGGGGGAGCAGCCUCCCUCGCCACGCGUGCAGCGCCCUGUCCAAAAGCGCCGGUGCAGCGGCGAGCGCGGGUGCCGCCAUCGCGAAGGGCGGCGGAGCCGGUGCCGGAUCGAAUGCUGCCAGCAUGGGGGACAGCAGCAAGAGCGAGAAGCAGGUGCACAGGGCGGUCACUGGCGAGAGGGACUCGGCCAAGGGCGGCACAGCCGGCACGCAAGAGGGGCACGGGGCCCCCGAGAGCCGCAAGCCAGCCGCCCUCUCCGAAGUGAGCACAGGCGAAGAGACCAGCUCGGACUCGGAUCGGGAUUCUGCUUCCUUCCCCGGCGUGGGUCAGAACAUGUCCGUCUCCAUACAGACCAGCCAGGACUGGAAGCCCACCCGCAGCCUGAUCGAGCACGUCUUCGUCACGGACGUCACCGCUAACCUGAUCACAGUGACGGUCAAGGAGUCCCCCACCAGCGUCGGGUUUUUCAACCUGCGGCAAUACUGAGCCAGGGAGCGGGAGAGGAGGGAGGCGGUCCCCGGGCCUCUCCCUUAGCCUUGCCCAGCUCUCCCGUCAGGUUUUUCUUUCUUUAGGUGAACGCCCCGUGGCAGGGACUCGCAUGGUGACCGUCCGCCCCUGCCAGCGGCUGCCUCCGUUCUCUGCAGCGUGGCGCCCAGUGCUGCAGGCAGUGCCAGCUCGGACACUGUCUGCAGCACCCACGCACACCCCGCGAGACCUGUUGAGACUUGUGCUCAGAGGGCCUGGGAAACGUACGGUGAAACCCGCUCAGAAGUGCCAGCGCAUGAGGGAGUCCCUCCCUGCUGCCCUUCGUCCCGCCAGAGCCGGUGCCCCACGCAGAGGGGCCAGCGCCGCGGGCCAGGAGCAGAGGCGUUAUCGUGCUGCUGGGAGGUGACGGGCUGGCAAGUUCUGAGCCAGGCUUCACCGUACACGGCUCUCCCUGCUUGGCAGCUUGAAAUGGCAGAACGUGCAGUGUAGGGCUCUGGUGGCAGGGAGAAGGGGUGGAGGGGCCGUGUGCCAGGCUGCCGCUCGGGAGAGGAAAGGAGAGCCUCUUCUCUCCUCUGGGCACCCCGUGAAUCCACCUGCAAGCUGCGAGGACAGUCACAAGUCGAUCCAAAUAGACAGCUGAUGCUCCCAGCACCCAAGGGCUGGGGGGGUGGCUGUGGUACGGGGGUUUUUCAGGGUACAUUAAGUCCAGCCACCCCCCUGGGCUAGGUCAGUUCCAAUGAUGGUGAAGUCCACGAUGUCUCCAUCGUGGUUUCCAGCUGAUAAGGAAAUAUUGUUUACAUUUUUUAUUAAGGGAAAAACCUUUUUUAGAGGGAGGGGAAUAAACCCAGUCUAGCAAAGGCUGAAUGGUGAGACACUGAUGAGACAGGGGUCUCAUGAUGAUGAGACAUGAUGAAAGAUGCCUCUUUGAGAGCAAGGGGCAACAGGCAGCAGGCAUUGAGUCCAGCUGAGGGGUUGUACAGCCCAGUGAGCCCAGAGCCGCUCCUCUGCCUCGUCCUGGCCUCGUAGCGCCUCAGCCUCACACUCAGCAGCAUCCAGGCCCUUGCAGGGACCAAGCUGGGGAAUAUUUUUUAAGUCUUGCAGAACACGCAAACUCUCUUGACAGCAGGUAGGCUGGUGUUAUGACUCCCAGUUGGCUGAGGUUGGUGCUGGAGUUGGGUUAAAAAUCAGCUGAACCCAGUGCUGCUGUCAAGCCCUGUGCCUUGGAUGCUCGUCGGUGUCGAAUCGUGCUCAUCAUCCCCAUUUUUCUCCAGCUGGAGGGCUCGGGGCCGGCAAAGGACAACACCUGCCUGGGCUGCCCAGAGCAGUCAGCAGCAGGCACCCACUGCUGCUGCCCUCCCCAGGCUGUGCCUCCAGGAGCGGCAUCUUCCGCGGCCACCUCGCUCUCCGGUCCCGAGCCAGCAGCUGGGUUGUUAAUUUUGGCUUGUAAUUGCAACCAAUAAUGGCUUUUUUCUGAGGUCUUUUUCCCUGCUAUAGAUUACUCUUACAAGCCAAAAUUAACAGCAGUAGUUCAGGCAGAGUUUAAUAGCAUUUGAGGUCAUUUUAGUUCUGUUAAUGCUGAACUCCUUCUCUGGAGAAGAUGCGAAGCCUGCAGUCUGCCAGGUCUCUGGGUACGUUAUUAGGAAGUGCCUCCAGGGUCUGCGCCGUGGCUCGGGGUGGCUGCAGGCACGGCGUCAGCACGGCUCAUCGCUCGCCGGACCACACUGCCCUGCCACAGGGCCAAGCAUCUUAUUUUGCCACGGACAGGGGCACUUGCAGCAUCGGUACCCACAGGAGAGCAGAGAGGAAAAAAGACCAAAUGAGGGGUACGCGUUUCUGAACCCCCAAUGCAUCAGACCACCACAGCUGCGUUGGCUGCCGGUGGUGCAAUUCUCAGGUGAAAUGAAAAACCAGCGAUGGCAGCAUUUGCUGCCUGGGUGCGAAAGGGACAUUGUUCCCUGUGUGGUGGCUGCCAUCUUCUCCAGGAAAAGCUCCUGUGGGCUAGAAAUGGAUUCCCUUAGCUUUUUAUUUAAUUCACAGCCAUCCCGUUGGUCAUGGCUUUGAGAUGGAUUUGUUCUAGAGCCUGAGCGCAGCAUCCUACGGGGGCUGAUGGCAAGCUGGGGCGGGCCAGGGGGUAUCCCUGUAGCUCCUGUGCAGUUGUCCCCAUGCGCAGCCACGCUGCCUUGAAUGUCACUUCACCACAGUGCCGGGCAGCUGGGGACCAGGGGAUUUGCUGCAAGCCGCCUGCAGAAGGCCUCGUGCAGCCCCACGCCUGCAGCAGGCUGGGCUCUGCUCCGCGAGGCAAAGGGCCCCGGGGAAGAGGUGAGCCUCAGGUGAGCCUCAUCCACGGACGGGGUUCCUGAAGGACAGUUUCCGUGGAGCUCCACGAUGCCAAAAUGUCAGUCUGUUAUGUUUACCUUGUAGUCUUUGAUGUUGCCAAACGACAUAACCGUUGCUUUGAAAAGUCCAGGGAAACAUCAGCCUGUGUUAGCAGAAACGAGUGCUCCAGGUGUGGCCUCCGCUGGGGCUGGGGGUGCGUGCGUUCUGGGAGGGGAACCGAGGGGUUUGUGGGACCUCAGAGGUAAUGCCCGGCUCUCUUCCCCACACACCAAAUGUUUGCUAGUUGGCCUUUGCAAGUCCGAACUAAACGACAAUGUGCCUUUUGCAACUGUCCUUAUUUCAGCCUUGUCCGUGACACCGGUCCUUCGACAGGUUUGUGCCUAUGCAAAGCUGGGUGGUCACAGGGUGCUUGGGGACAGCCGCGACCCCGGCGGGGAGAGGUGCCUCGGGUCCUCGGCAGGACGCCCAGCCCCGAGUGCUGGAGGUGGCUGACGGAUGCUCCCGAGGGGAAGCCAGUCCAGCAGGGAUGCUCUUGCCUAGGAUGGGAUGUGGGGGCUGGUGUCCCGAGGUGGCUGCCGAAGGGGAAAAGCGUUUGAGGAUGGUCUGAGAAGGGGUCAGGCACUCAGCGUCCCCAGAAGGUGCAUGAGAUGAGACAUGAGGGCAGAUGGCGUGUUCAUUGCUCACCUGCUCUGAGAAGGCUGCUCCCUCCAGAGUGCUCCGUCACAGCCCAAAUGCCUUUCUCCUUCUGGCAGCUUGCUCCUGCCCCGGGCCAGGCUGACACCCCCCAGGCUGACACCCUCCUGGGAGGGCGAGCGGCCCCACAGCGGCUUCACCCAGCGUCCCCAGGCAUUGCCCUAGGUAGCGGCAGGACUCUGCUGUCACCGCUUUAGCUAUUGUGCCUUUCUGCUCACCAGCUGGUUCGAUUCCAAAGGUUUAAGAAUGGUGAAAAUGAUAAUCCAGAAAUUUUUCUAAACUUCAUCUCAUCCCUCCCCCCUUCCCCAGCCCCUCCUGACCUCGUGUUUCAGGACCUUGACUCUCCCAGCAGCGCUGGCGUGCGUCUGAGUGAAAGGUUUGUGUUGAAGUUUGCCUCUCAAAGGCACAUUAUGUGAGUGAUUUACGGUAAUCUUUUGUGGACAGAGGUUGAAAGCUGAUGCAGACCGUGUUUACCAGUCAGUGCCAUUAGUAUUCAAGGUCUACCUUUUUAUUUUUUAUUUUAAGUUUGCUGCUAUGGGUUUGAGUGUUCAGUUGUGUGUCAAACAACCAAUUAAAGGUUUGUCACUUGUCAUUUUCUAAGGGGUUUCCGAUGUGGAAAGUCCUGCAGUAUUUGUAUAUUGAAUGGAUAUUUUCUCCAGGCAUAAUCUGGUUAAGUAUACUUGUUGUUUUCCAUUGGACUGGAAGAGGUGGCCAAUUCAGCCAUCUUCCUUAGAAGCCUAGUAUAUUUUUAUAUAUAUAUAUUUGUACCAAAAAAAAAAAUGGAGCUCGUGGAAGGACGGGGAUGGUUUCAGGGGGUUCAGUUUGCUUUGAGUUUCUGAUCUGGGUGUGAAGGGCUCCAGAGCGGGAGAGGUUUUUACUGAAAGAAAUUGGGUGAAAACAAACAAUUGUUCUUGUAACUUGCGCCAGUCACUGGUCUGAUUUGUAUGUUUUAAUUAAAGAGAGAGCCAAAUCGUUCCUGUAUGACACUUAUAAUUGCUUUAAACUACAGCUGUUUGUUUGCUUUUAUUUUCAGAGAACAAAAGUUGGAGAUGUUAUUACCCUGGGAAAGCUUAAGUGCUUUGCUGGAGCAGGACAGCCGCCCGGCCCGCGGAGCGACGCGGGGCUCCCUGGGCCACGGUCACCCUCACGCCAGCUCGCUCGCGGUCCGUGCUGUGUGGUUUCUAGUACUUCUGGACGCUAGUGCUAGUUUAGACCUCUAGGCUCCUUUUAAUUUAUUUGCAGGAAAACACUAGGAGAUGCUACGUCGGGCGGGUUUUUUUGUAUAACUUUUCCACUGCUCUUUUUUUAGCAUAUCAAUAAAUAUUUUUUUUAACUUUU